CAGCAGUAGGCAAGGAUCUGACAGGUAGACAGUCGAGCAGACGAAAAUGAAUGACUGCUACUUCGAAAAGAGAGACUGGCGGCAGUGCAGCAAAGAAAUGGAGGCGUUCCGAGAGUGCUGGAAACGCAAGGGGAACGACCACCGGACCCAGACGAAGGACGCGUGAAGGCGAAGGGACAGCCGUGACUAGAAUAUCAUCAUCUCUGUACAUUAUUUAGCGAAUCCAUCUCCGUUCAUCUUCUG